AUGGAAUACACUCAGCAGCCGAAAGUCCUUCGCCCCAGCUGGUACACCAUCCCAGCGAUCUUUUCCACAAUCCAGUCGCACACUUCGGCAGUGGAGUGGUUCUACUACCUGACUUUUAUCUCGCACAUACUAUGCAAGUCUGACUCGGCGCACAUAGGCAAAGCCCACCUCAUCUCCUUUCUGCGCGCUCGUCCACAAAUCCAGAUGUGGCACGAAGCUUUGCUCUCCGAGAUGUACGACGAAAAUGAACCCAAUCUACCAUCAGUGCUCGAGGGAACGAAUCUCUUGCAUCCCAAGAUACAAAGAUUUCAUGAGUAUUGCACGCAGAGAUUCGCGUUGAUGACGAGAGAGGAUGUCUUCAUCGCGCGAUGCGUAGUAGUGGAUCUCAUUUACAGACGCUUGGAUGAGGCGCAGAAGGUAGCUGAGCUGGCAAAGAUGGCUCAGGCAAGAGAGGUUUUAAAACAGCAGGGUAUGGCUGUAGAGCAGCGCGAGCAGGCUCGCAGAGAUUUUGAGGCUUCACGUCUCCACUUUGGCAGUACCGUGCAAGACACGCCUGCUGUUGGUCAGAUUGGCGUCCUCGAUCUUGCUGCUCUCUUAGCUGUGUUGUCUUUGCAAUCGCCCUUUGACCUACCCGUUCCACCUGAACCUGUGUUUGUCACAACUGCAGCGUCUGCUCAGGAAGUACCAUGGCUCAAGACUUUCGACAGAACAUCACAUUCAACGGCCAACCGCACCGAAAACACACAAUCGAUUGUAACGGUAGAAAUGGUAGAGACAAUGAACACACACACGUCCUGUUACACCAACAGUAUCCUCCAAAGACUCAAGGAUAUCAUCGGUCUCGAUGACUUCCUGCUGUACGGGCACGUCAUCACACGAGUCUUCCGAUGCAACAUCAGCGGGUCCGGCUCUUCACCAGCACUGUUUCGCAUGCUCAACUCCAAUUCAGAUGCGAUCUUCUUACACAACGAGAUCGCAAUCAUGACGAAGACCGUGCUAGAGAAAUAUAACCUCCCGAUAUUCGAGGACGAGAAAAAUGGCGCGAACUCUUCGCGCUAUUCCGCGAGCGCAGACGACAGCUAUGGCCACCAGCUAUUUGAUGUCGUAGAUCAUUUCGCAGGUACGGAAGGAGCGCGACCAGCUGAUGCGCAUACCGCGCAAUCUCAGGUCAUGCGGUGUGUGGAAAUGGCGCAUCAGGAGCAGCAGCAGAUCAAGCAGGCAGUCGACGAUGUUGCGGCGGGGUUUGCAUCAAUGGGGGUGAAUGCCAUGGCGACGGAUGCAAUGGAGUUUUGA